CGAUCCGUCCCCCCAAUGGACCCCGGCGCCGCCCCCGCUCCCCCCAUCCCCCCCGGAUCCGCCGCGCCCGACGCCGCCGACUCCGACGCGGACGCAACGCUCCCGGUGGACCUGCUCCUCGAGAUCGCGGCGCGCUCCGACGCCGUCUCCGUCGUGCGCUGCGCGGCGGCCGCCAAGCCCUUGCGCCGCGGCAUCCUCGACCGGGGCUUCCGCCGCCUGCUGGCGCAGCGCGCCACUGCCACCUCCGGCUACGACCCGUCCCUCCUCCGCGGGGUCUCCUACAAGGUGGAGGACAGCGACGCCAACAGCCCCGUCCGCGUCGUUCAGCCCGUCCCCGCCGACGAGCCCUCCGUGCUCCGCGGCUUCAACGAGAGCCUCGACUUCGAGCCCGUCGCCUCCCGCGACGGCCUCGUCGUGCUCCGCCGCCUCCGCCCCCGCCCCCUCUUCGGCCAGUCCAUCGAGGAGGGCCCCCCCGGCAGCGUCCUCCGCGUCUGCCAUUCCUUCACCGGCGCCGUCUCCGUCCUCCCCUCCGUCUCCAUCCGCGACUACCGCAAGCACGCGCUCCUCUCCGUCGAAGACAACGGCCGCGCCUUCGAGCUCCUCGUCGCCGACGAGCGCCUCCGCAUCCAGAUUUACUCCUCCAGGGAGGGCCGCUGGGGCCCCGUCCGCGCCGCGCUCCCCCGCCGCCAGUCCAGGCCGUUCCACGACUCCUACCCCUUGGUCAUCGGCCGCACCGUCCACUGGCUGUGCAACCCGGAGCCGCUGCCGCCGUUGAGGUACCUGUCUGGCCCGGAACCGUAUAUCGUCGCCGUAGACGCCGACACCAUGGAGGCCUCCGUGAUUGAUCUGCCGCGGGGAUGCACUAGCAGAAUGACGGCCUCUAUGAGCCACAGGGGGCUCCUCCUUGCCUCUUCGGUGGACGGGAGGCUCAAGGUGGUUGUCUCGGAGACCCAAGUGAUAUCCAUGUGGACGAUGUCACCCCCCGUCGAGGGGGAGCCACCGAGAUGGGUCAGGCAGGUGCUGAUAGACAAGCAGGACUGGGGCGUGCACAGCUCAGUUCAGUUUGAGGGGUUCGGGCUGAGGAGUGGCACCGUGAUCUUAUAUGUUGGUAGAGUUGGGCUCAUUCGGCUCAACCUUGCGACAAAGGAGGCGGUUAUCGUCUACCACCGCAGCGAUACCGCCUACAUCUCGCAGGUUUGCCUGCACGAGAUUGAUUUGUCCUCCCUGCUCCAGACCAUGAAACCUCUGAGCUAGCUGCUUAUCAUGGAUCAGUUUUGAGAAUGUCCUUCAGUCCAGUUUUUGUUGCACUGCUUUAUGUGCUUAGAGCAGCUGCUUUAGCUCUAAGCUGUCGUGCUCCUUGGUCAAUACUAGUUGUAAAAGGAAUGGAGUCACUCCUAAGUUUGUUAAACUCUUGUCGUUUCGCGUUAUGCUGUUAGUGUUUGCUUGUCAUCUGUCGUUGAACCUGUAAAAGGACGGAUUGCUUGGUUCAGUACGUACUUUAGCCAGUUGUUCAAAGUGAAAUAAAAUCUGCUUGCUGCA